AUGAAACACUUGUUUCUACCCGUCUUCAGCGGCACCGGUUCCAAACCGGUGGCCUACAUCGGCCCGUCUUUGAACCUCAGACCUGUGGCGCGAAAACACCUCACGCGACCACAAAAGUGGGCAAUACUUGAGCGCCAGCGAUCGCGCUGCAACUCUUGUGGCGAUCGCAUACGGAUAUACCCGUACGCCGACUGCGACGCGGAUCAUAUUAUUGGCGUCUGCCGUGGAGGCAAAACUGUUCCAGAAAAUAUGAACUUGCUCUGCCUUCCUUGUCACCGACGAAAAACUUGCCUCGAGGCGGGAGGAUUGCCGAGGACAGUCGACGUGGCGUUGGAACCUGGUGAUACCAGUGUGUACAUUUUCACGGAGGGUGUAUUGGCGUACCCCGUUGACAAAAGAACGCCUCUCGAGGCGAUCACCAACGGGUGUGCCUUGUCGCUUCUGACUUUCAAUAAAGUGGACAGGGCGUAUGUAGAGCCGGCCUACGGGGAGGUAGAUUAUGCUAAAAUGUUAGCAAAGUUUGCUUACACGCCGCCGCCAACUGUCACUUUUGGAUGUCAACCUUGA